CUGUACUGGACAGUACUGCCGAUAUCAUCAUCCACAUUCAGAAUCAGAGCGUGGCAUAGCAACUUCACAGUGCAAGAGGAGUAUCGAGGUAUCACUGGUGGGAAGAAGGCGGCAUUUGCGUUGUUUCUGCCGGUGGUGUUUAUGUCUCUUUCCAAACAUUGUCCGCAUCUCAAUUGCCAUCUGCCCUACACCUUCUACAGGCAUCACACCAGCUUCCAUUCUUUACCGACCUGGUUCACUCCAAUUGACUAAGAAUCGAAAAUCACAUUCCUUGCUAGUAAACUUGUCGCUCUCUAUUCACAUUCCUUUGCCAGUCCGGUCGAAGUCUGGGGCAAACUCGAGACAAGAAAAGGAUGAAGCAUCAUCGUUCCGGCUACAGCGUCUUGCUGUUGCUAUUCGCCUUCGCGUCUCUCUUCACACUGUCGACGACUUCACCUCACGGAUCCCACCACGUCCAUGCUGCUCAUAACCGAGAGGAAAACCCUACAUCGACAACCCAAUAUCCUACUCCAGCCAAAGCGCAGGUCUCGCUCAACCCAGUGUCUCCUUGCUUCAAUGGUCAUUGUGCCACUGACACUCCUUUGCCGGAAAUCUUGCCAUGCUAUGCUGCGAACGGUACGACCUUCAAUGAAGAGUCCAGUACCAACUACACCUUAAUCUGUGAUAUCGACUUCCCUGGUCAGAAUAUCUACCCCUUUGUUCUCGCUGGUUCCUUCGACGACUGUCUGGCACAAUGUGAGAAGUACAAUGCCGAAAACAAUUCUGCCAGUCACUGUGCAGGCUUUGUCUUUGCACCUGAACGCGUCAAUGACUCCGACGAUUGCUAUCUCAAGUCAUCCCUGAUUGAUCCACUUCCAGCAACAAUCCACCUAGUUGGUGCUACAGUGGCCACACCUACUCCCACAUGCACUCCAGAAACAGCAAAGACACAACCUAGCCGACGCUCUGAGCAAGCAAGCACGUCCUCCGACUUGGUUGUCAAAGAGUUCAGAGUGUUGGGAAGUUCCACAAAUAAGCCUACAACUCAAUAUGUCAGUCAUGUACCAGCGACACCCCAGAAGCUUGCUAGCUCCGUCCUUGUCCCAGGUAUCAACACCGACCUCAUCACAGAAUAUCCGAUCGCAGGUGAUACAGGCGUCUGGUGUGGAGAUGACCUGCCAUCCAGUCCUAAUAUUGCAAAUAUGAAAGUCGUACCACACAUGUCAAGAGAUGGCGGAAAAGGAGGCACAAUUAAUGGCACCCACAUAUUCGUGUUUUGUGACACGGCCAGCUACCAGAUCAACACCACAUCCAAUACAAGUCUGAUGGUUGGAUUCGUUUCGAGCUCGGUGGCAGCUGAUGAUGGCAUGAAGGCGCUUUAUGGCCAACCACUCGACCUUGUUGACCACUUUGGUGAGUGGCAGGAUGAUGUUGGCAGGAUGAGAGGCUUUGCUCCAAUGACAGCCGGAGAAGAAUCUUUCAACAUUGCACUUUCAGGCAAUGGCUACCGUUAUGCUGUGUGGCCAGAGUCAUCACUCAUUCCACUCAACGCCUCACAUGCCCUGCUCUAUCCAUCAUUAGUGUAUGAUGUUGUCGACAUGGAUACCCAGGCGGCAGUGUUCAACAACCUGGGCAACAGUAUUCUCCUUGUGUCCGUUGACCUAGCCUACGGUCCUGGCGCGACUCGUGUGGUGAAGCAGCUCUAUCAACAGAACCAAACUACCUUCGGCACUUUGGGUGGUGUUCGCUCCUGGGGCUCAUCCGGCACAGGGGCUAACGACGGCAGCAUAUACUUGUUUGGCCAGACCGACCAUGGCGUCCUUGUCGCACGCACCACGCCGGAUGGCUUCUCCGAUCUGUCCAGUUACACCUAUUGGAAUGGCAGUUCCUGGUCCGGCGACAUGCCCUCACCGAGUUCGAACGCCACCAUGAUCGAUUUCGCUGUGCAAGAUCUCGAUGUGGUAUAUGUUCCAGCCCUCCGCAGUUUCCUCAUGAUCUACCUCAAUACUCUUGCCGACAACACUUUCUACUAUCGAUACCUGCCCCUUGAUUUGAAUGUGACCCAAAGUGGAUACUACGUCGACAAUAUCGUGACAGGCCAAUGGUCCGAAGAGAAGAUCCUAGCGAAUAUCACUGCCCCUGUCGAAGGAUACAUAUAUGCUGGUGGUAUGCACGCAGGAUACUUUGGCGACGACGAUAUCACCAAUGGUGGAUUGAAGAUGUUGAUUACCUGGACUGAACAUACUGGCGAGGAUGCGGCAAGCCCAGAUUCGGGAUACGCGCAUAAAUCAGCAUACAUCGAGUUCGGCACUGAAUGAUACUGGCCCGACUCCCUCACAUCGACACGGUCUUAUUCCUGGAUAUCAAGGGUAUUAUCACUAUGACCACAGACUUAUGAGGCACGAUUUGUGGCCAAGGAGCGGGUCUUCUUUUGGCAUAUUGUUUCCCGGUGGGCAUGGAAUAUGUACUUUCAGUUGAUCUUGCGG